CCUACAGGGAGCAGUGUGUAAUUAAGCACCCUCUCGAGCCUGCUCCCAAAACGACGCCGCUGCCCGGCUCUUCUUCAAGUUCCUCGUUCGACUUCGAGCUUCAGCAAAGCAAAAGCCAAGAUGGACGCAAUCAGCCAAUUACAAGAACAGGUGAACAAAAUCGCGACCAUUGCUUUCACCACCAUCGGAACCCUACAGAGGGACGCUCCACCCGUCCGAAUCUCCCCCAAUUACCCCGAAUCCGAGUCAGCACCGCCACCCAACCCGAACCCGAAUCUGACUGACGAUGCCACCGAUUUCGCGAUGCAGCCCAAGCUCAUGAGCGCGGAUCUAGUCAAAGCAGCCAAGCAGUUUGAUGCAUUGGUUUCGGCACUUCCGCUGUCGGAGGGAGGCGAGGAAGCUCAGAUGAAGAGGAUUGCGGAGCUUCAGGCCGAAAACAGCCUUGUAGGCCAACAACUUGAGAAGCAACUUGAAGCUGCAGAGAGAGAACUGGAAGAGGUCAGAGAGUUGUUUGGCCAAGCAGCAGAUCACUGUUUGAACUUGAAGAAACCAGAAUGAAGAUGGUUACUAGCUAUAGCAUUCCUAAUGAACCGAGGAGACUCUAAUUGGUAGAAAAGAUCAGUGUAUUGUCUGGUGCAACAAGCUGUUAUUCAUAACAUAGAUCUUGUGUAAUUCUGUGACUAAUAGAUUUCGUCCAAUCAAUUUGCGGAGGAAGAUAUAUCAGAAUAUGGACCACGGUUUCAACUUCAACAUCAUCAUUUAGUUAAUCCUUUUGGGAAAUGUAUAAUGCAGAAUUCUAUUUUUGUCAAAGCUAUGCUUGCAAUCCUGUUACUACUAAA